UGCUUGUUUAUGUAAAAAAAUGAAUCAUCUUUUAUCGAAUGGUCUGUUGAUACAAAUAUUAUCGAUUGGUACGAAUAUGAUUAUCAAAUUCUGUGCAUUUGUUUUGUUUCAAAAACAAUGGCGUAUAGCAUUUAUUGAAGCACCUCAUAUUUGUUUAUGUUAUUUUUAUUUAUCUAAAAUUAGUCUAUACAAUUUACGUAUAAUCAAACGAAUACAAAUGAUUCGUCGAUUAAUGUUAAAAUCAUAUUGGAAAUAUUGUAAUGAAAAUCGUUGUAAUUCAACGAUUGGCUAUCGUAUUGACAAUGAUGAACGACAAUCGGAUCAAAUUGUUGUCAAACGAUUUGAUCCAAUACGAUUUUUUGAAUUAACCAAUAUCUAUAAAAAUGAUUUUAUUGUACGAGUUUUUCGUAUUUGGAAUAUGGAUUUUCAUUUCAUUCUAUCGAUUACUGCAUUUGUUAUUAAUUAUGUUGUAUUUAUUGUAUCGACUAAUUGAUUUGAUGGAUGAUAAUAAUAAUGAUGAAUGUCAUUCGAAUAUCCAUUUACUCUACAAAAUUGAAAAUCGAUAACAAUAAUUUAAUCAUCAUCUAAAUGGAUAU